AUGGCGUCGACCUACAGGUAUCUGCAACGCGCAGCUCACGAAUCGCCCGUCAUCUUCUACUCCCUCGUCAUCGGCUUCACCGGCCCACUAAUGGUCAUGACCGUCCCUCCUAUCCGAAAGUCAAUGGGCUGGAAGCCAGCUGAGCGUGUACCAACCACCUUCCCAUUACCCAAUCGCGCAAGACAACCCGUUUCAGGAUACGAAGAUCCAUAG